AUGACAGAUCGCUGGAUCGUGUACGUCAGCGAUCAUGCUCAGUUGAAGACACUCGAAUCAGAACCCGAAACAGUUCUCUCCAUGGAGCAAGCAUUACACGAGCUCGCAUUCACUGGACCAAUUCUCGGACAUUUGCAAGUCAAGCCAGAGCACAAGGGCCCUAAGUCCGAAGGAUUUCGUGUAAUGAUUGGCGUGUUGAAGAACAAGUUGCGCUCCAACAUCCCAGUCAUGAGCGCUGCAUUCCGCAAAUCCAUCGAAGAUGCAUUCACCAAGGAAGUCGAGGAUAGCAAGAAGAACGAAGACGGCUGGAGCGAGAUCCUGAUGAUGCCCAGUCUACUACGAGUGUUCACGCGCGUCAAUCUCCUCGCCUUUUUAGGCGAAGACCAAGCAGGCGAGAUUAAAGUCUACGACGACAUCAUGUCUUUCUUCUGGAGCUGCGCGAAAGCUUUCCCGAUCGUGAACCUGAUGCCGCAAUUCACCAUGCCCCUAAUCAGCCCCAUCGCAAUGGGCUUCGGCAUCACACGCCGCGUCGUCUACAACCUUAUCCUCCGCCUCACUAGCAAAUCCGUGCACGGCACCGCAACCAACAAAAUGCACAUAACGCACUGGGUCGCCGAAGUAACCAAACUCCACGACAUCGCCGCCAUCGCGCGCAUCACCCUCGGCCUGCUCUUUGCCUCCGCAUUCCAAGUCCCCAUGAUCGCGCAGUUCGUUAUAUACCGCUUGUGCAUACAUCCCGAGUACACCGCUCAACUGCGCGCGGAAGCAGAAUCCUUUGAUGACGCGGCGUUCACUGCGAAAAACGAGGAAAUGCCGUAUCUUGACAGCUUCAUCAAGGAGACGUCGCGCCUCAGCCCAGGCCCGAUACUCAGUGCGCCACGCGCUGUCAUGCACGACUACACGACGUCCUCGGGCGCAUACGUGCCCCGAGGGAAUUGGCUUGCGAUCCCGCAAAUCGCACUGAUGCGCGACGAAGCCAUUUGGACCGGCGGCGCGGCAUUCGAUGGAUUUCGCUUCGUGUCGAACACCGGAAACGCGAGCGACAGUCGCUGGACGCACCCAUCAUACGAGUACCCGUUCUGGGGAUCCAUUCGCCACGCGUGCCCCGCGCGGUUUUAUGUGAGUGUUGUGAUGAAGAUGAUACUGGGUCAUAUUUUGAAGGAGUAUGAGUUUAAGCUGAGGGAUGAGGGGGCGAGGCCCUGUUUGACGUUUGGGAAGGUGAGGUUGCCGAGUCCGUUUAUGGUAUUGUUGGUGAAGAAGCGGACGGUGUGA